CCCAUCAUCAUAGCCCCCGCCCACUCGAUGAAGACGGAAGAUAAAAGGACCGAAACUCCUCCGAGAACGUCAGGCGAAAACGCCGCAGAGCGUACAUUUAAAUUAACUCCCCGAAACAAAUGACUUCCUAGAGUUACACACGGAGCGGACUUAAAAGUUGUCUUUAAACUUCCCCCAAGUGACGCCUUUGCCUUCCUCGCGGUGGAGCGUGCGAGCUAGACCGCUGUUGUGCUAGCUGGUCAAGAGAAGGCGGCUCGGUUCUGUGUGCUGGUUCCGAGCCUCCAACAUCGUCAUGGGAUCCCGGGCGUCUACGUUACUCCGCGAGGAGGAAAUUGAGGAAAUCAAGAAAGAAACCGGCUUCUCUCACAGCCAGAUCACUCGUCUGUACAGCCGCUUCACCAGCCUGGAUAAAGGGGAGAACGGCACCCUCAGUCGAGAAGACUUCCAGAGGAUUCCGGAGUUGGCCAUCAACCCUCUGGGUGACCGGAUCAUCAAUGCUUUCUUCCCAGAAGGGGAGGACCAGGUGAACUUCCGAGGCUUCAUGCGCACGCUGGCCCACUUCCGGCCCAUCGAGGACAGCGAGAAGAACAAGAACGCAAACGUCAGCGAGCCGCUCAACAGCAGGACCAACAAGCUGCUGUUUGCUUUCCGUCUUUACGACCUGGACAGAGACGACAAGAUCUCGCGGGAUGAGCUGCUGCAGGUGUUAAGGAUGAUGGUGGGCGUGAACAUCUCCGACGAGCAGCUUGGAAGCAUCGCAGACCGAACCAUCCAAGAGGCCGACACCAACGGCGACAGCUCCAUUUCCUUCAACGAAUUCAUCAAGGUGCUGGAGAAGGUGGACGUGGAGCAGAAAAUGAGCAUCCGCUUCCUGCACUGAUUACUUUUUUUUUUUUUUUUUUUUAAUGUAUAUAUUAGAAAAUCACCACAUCCGGACAUUUUUUUGUGUGUUUGUUUCUUCCCCUCCCCUGGUUUCAUAAGAGCAGGCGAUUGUGGUCCUCGCCUCUUGGAGAAAGUUGCUCUCCCGUGUUUUAAAAAAAAAAAAAAAAAAAUGCCUAGCAAACGUUUUUGUGCUGCCACACAUGUGCCUUGCUUUGCCCCCCCCCCCCCCCCCCAUGUUUUGAUUUGCAAUUCCUUCCUUCACGGUACGUUUGAGGACCACAGUCGCUGCUGUUGUUCACACGCUACAAUUAGUCGGACGAAAGGAAAAGUGAGCGGUUUUUUUUUUUAAUGCGCCGUAUUAAAGGAGAUGUAUUUUCCCCCCCCCCCCACCUCCAAUUACUUAAUCUUUCUAUUUUUGGACCUCGCUUUCUUCAAAAUCCCCCGAGGAUCAAGCAUGAACAACAUCUUUUUGCCGGGUAUUUCUUGCCAGGGUGAAAUUGACCCGUUUCGGGGGCAAAUGUACAACGUGCCCAUUGCGUCAUCGCUGGAAAUGCAGCGUUGUCACCAAAUUGCACCACAAAAGCGCAAAAAAUUAUCUCGUGAUUUCAUCUUAUUUGUGAUAUACCUUCUAUAAUUAUAAUUAUAUUGUAUAUUAUAUAAUUACAUUGUGUAUAUAUUAUAAAAUAAUACAAAUAUAAUUUAUAUAAAUAUACCUUAUUAAUGUACCUUACCAUACCUAGUUUAUGACAGUUUUGAUUUUUUUUUCCAGGUUUUCAGUCAGUCAUUAUUUAAAAGAAAAUCUUUUUCAAGUACCAUACCAGUUUCAUUGGCAUAUUUUGUUUUUGUUUUUUUUUGGUCACUUAUCUUAAGGACAAAAUGUGUUUGAGGACAGAUUAUUUUGUUUUAAUAACAAAAAAAAUCACCCAAUGGAACUGUUAUAAAUUGACUUGAUAAAAGAUUUUAAAGUCUUUUUGUCUUGCUGAAAAUUUAGGGGAAAAAAUAAAAUGGUCUUAAAAUGAGUACACACUAGAAAUAAAAUAAUUUCAUCAGGUGGGGUUUUGCGAUUUUAUUUUUUUUUUUUUUGGAGUGCAACAAAUGUGCAGUGGGGGUACUCGACGUGGCCAAAUGCGAAUCCCUCCACCCUCACCGAACGCAAUUGUGACAAUUUUGCCAGAAGCUCAUUGCGGAGGUCUGCUUACCUUUCUGGCUUUGACAUGAUUAGUGAUUCGGCCUAAGUGGUUCUUUCCCGCAGGAACUUUGGCCUGCCUCUCUGUCAUUUAGUUUUAUUUUUAAUUUUUUUUUGAAAGAAGAAAAAAGACGGCGGUGCUUAUUGUGUUUGCUCGACUUUUACGUGACAGCGAACUACAGAACUGCCAAUCACGUGAAAUAACUCGCUUCGCUGGUUGUGCUCAGAAGGAACAUUUUAGUACUGAUGUGACGGGAUACUAAAAUGUGGACCGGCAAAAGGUAACGUAGCGAGCUACGUGGAAUAUGUUUUUAUUUAAAGCAGUCUGUGUAUUUGAACAGGUAUAAAUGUUCGUGAUGCAUUUGACUCUAACCGUGCCACUAAUUCUAUGUGCUAAAAUCAAUCAAAUGCUAUAUUAUUUGUGUAGAGCCUAAUAAAAGAAAGGAAAUCA